UUGCCAUAUAUUAUAACAACCACUUCACCCUCUUCUUUCUACACAAACUUUUUUGGGUCCUUGGUAAUACACUCAUUAAACCCUUGUCCGUCUUCAAUAUGGACAACUUUCCUCUUCGUCUGCCACGACAGACUCAGCCAAGCGACAGUGAAGCUGGCAUACCUCUUCCACAGAUCGAUACAAGCUCCUCGCAGCUCCAACAGAAGGCUAUGUCGGGCCCAUCACCCAAGAUCAGUGCUACCCAGCACCACAGUUUUGCCACUCCAGGUCAAGGUGACGAAGAAUUCAACGUCGGCAGCGUAACAACACUUCAUAUGCCUGAGUCGACCGCUGGUGACGCUUCCGUCGCCGAGUCGUCUCAAGCCUGCACUGCGGUUUCUACCCCAGUGCCCAAAGCUCUUCAUCGGCUGCCAGAAAAGUGCCAGCACCCCAUCGUUCGCAACUUCAGACACACAUACAUGGCAGUGUACCAACGCCUGUUCUCUGUUGUAACCAUUCUGAACGCCAUUGCGUUUGUGUGCAUCCUCACUAUGGUGGAUCUGAGCAAGCCUCAACUGUUGUCCUCCCUCGCUACCGCAGCAGCGAGUAAUAUCCUGGUCGCCAUCCUGAUGCGCCAGGAGUAUGUCAUCAACUUCAUAUUCAAGACAUGUUGGAUGAUUCCUCACUGGGCUCCGCUCCGCGUCAGGAGGAUGCUGGCCAAGGUGUAUGAAUUUGGCGGAAUGCACAGCGGAGCCGCGUUCUGUUCUACUGUUUGGUUCAUCGCCUACAGCGCCGUCCUGACCAAAGACAUGGUAAACGGUGCCAUGCGUUUUCCAGCAAUGUUGGCAGUGGCGUGGAUUCUUGUAUUCCUGCUCGUAUUGAUCAUCGUGACCGCUAUGCCGAUGUUCCGCAUGGCCUACCACAAUACCUUCGAGGUCAUCCACCGUCUUGUUGGCUGGACAGCUUUAGCCCUCUUCUGGGCCGAGCUCUUUCUCUAUGCCGUCGCGGUCAAGCGGAUCUACACCUCCGACGCCCCAGCCUAUGGUCUGAUCCUGAUCCGCGAGCCCGCCUUUUGGCUUCUCGCUGUAACCACCGCCUUUAUCAUCUGGCCCUGGUUGUUUCUUCGCAAGCUGGCGAUAAAGCCAGAGAAAUUCUCAAACCGUGCCAUUCGACUACACUUUACAGGAUACAAAGUGCCCCCAUUCUGUGGUAUCCGCCUGUCGAAGUCUCCACUCCUUGAGUGGCACGCCUUCGCCUGUAUUGCCAACGACAACGGCGGCUCGGUCCUGAUCUCUAGUGGGGGAGACUGGACCCGGGACUGUAUCGCCAACCCGAGACCAUACUAUUACGUCAAGGGCGUCCCCGUCACCGGUGUUCUGAAUAUGGCGCAGGCUUUCCGGCUCGCUGUCAUCGUAACCACUGGUUCCGGAAUUGGGCCAUGCCUUUCGUACCUCGCUGGGAUUGGGAAGCAAGGAACCUGCCGCAUGAUCUGGUCGGCGCCAAACCCGUGGGCUAACUACGGCAAGGAUAUCUGUGACGCGGUUACCAAGGUCGAUCCUAAUGCCAUGGUAAUUGAUACGGAGUCGUCAGGACGUCAGAACCUGGCUGCAUUGGCGUACCAGAUGUAUAUUGAUUCUGGCGCGGAGGCGGUAUUUGUUAUUAGCAACCCUCGCGUGACGAAGCAGAUUGUGUAUGCCAUGGAAUCUCGCGGAGUCCCUGCGUUUGGGCCAGUUUGGGAUUCUUGAAGGCUGUCGUUUGUACCAGUCUCGGGAUAUCGAAGGCUGCUUCUUUUUUGGAUUUGGAUUUGGAACCCCCACGUGGAAUUGGAUGUGUUGGUAUCCGAUAACGCGUGGCAAAGGUCUAUGGAUUUAUUUACCUGAGCAGUCAAGUCAGAUGAGCGGUAUUAAACACCAGGGGCCAACACCGUCUUCUAUAUGGACACCACUCACAUUUGCGCAUAAUUGGAUAGUAAUUGGAUAGGGGAAGUCGAAGCCGUCAUCUGUGUCGCCAUCGCUCUUUUGACAAAUCAGAGUAUGUGGAAUUCCAAAUAUGGGAAGGCAUAUAUGAAAUGAGGCGCGUGGUGGUAUUUGGAUAUAGCAUAUUUUGGAAAGGGGGAGUAUGAGAGCAGACGGUGAUCUCGCCUACGACUUUGUGGCGUUGCUAGGGCAGCCCUUGAGAAGGUUUCGGGUUUAUAUCACGGGGGGGGGAACUAACUCAAAUAAGGCGGAGGUAAACGGUGGGCUUAGUUGGAUCGUCUAUAAUAAUAUUCUGCUGCGAGGGGUUAGGAG